AUGUCAGUGAAUGGUACUAUGGUGCACAAUGACGAGGGUAAUGCACCUGGCCUGGGGAAUGACAAAGAGAAGUAUGUACCCUUGGAAAUUGAAAUUGGAGUAUCUCUCAAGGAACACUUAUCAGAUCCUGGAGACGAUGGGUUGGAUUCUCUUAGUAGUCAUGGGUUAGCGUCCACAAAAUCGAAGAGUGCUAUUUCAGCUCCAGAUGUCUUGAAGACCCUGUUUUUCAUCCUUGUGUGGUACACGUUUAGUACAUUUUUGACUCUGUAUAAUAAAACUCUUUUAGGAGAUCAUUUGGGAAGAUUUCCAGCUCCUCUAUUGAUGAAUGCCUUCCACUUUGGAUUGCAAGCUGCUCUGUCGACGUUCAUCACAUGGUACUGGUCGCACAGAUUCGACACGGCUGUUGCUAUGUCAUGGAGGGAUUAUUUUGUUAGAGUUGUGCCAACCGCUCUGGGAACUGCAAUGGAUGUCAACCUGAGCAAUGCAUCACUUGUUUUCAUUUCUGUUACCUUUGCUACAAUGUGUAAAUCUGCAUCGCCUAUAUUCCUCAUUUUAUUUGCUUUUGCAUUCAGGUAA